ACUGCUUGCUAUCUUUCAGAGGUCCUAUUGUCGUCAUGUCCGCAUCACAAAUUCCACCAGUAACUCUUGAAGAUCUCCAAGCUUUCCAAGCUAAACACUUCUCUGGAUACGUGCAUACCCCAACGUUCGAAUACCCAUCCGAGGAAAAUGAACCCGAGGAAACUGCAGACGACGAGGACGACCUGGGCUAUUAUCCCGAUGGCGUAAAACGCACCCUUACAGAUGAGCAGAUCAGAAUCUUCAGACACAGUGAGAUUCACUCGAUCUUGCGCCAGCGCCAGCUACAAGAGGAAGAAGCGCUGUAUCAGGCGGGUAGAAACUCGAGCUCAGAUAAAGACCUUUCGGAGGGGAACCAUGACGAAGGCGUAAAGACUAAUCAGCACGCAGAGUCGAGUGGAAAUACCAGCACCUCUACAACAUCUGACUCGAAGACGAAGAAAGAAAACAAGACCGUUAAUUCGGAUGCUCCUUUGGACUAUGACGAAGGUAGUCAUGAGAGAACUUCCCAGAAACCAGGACGUGCUUCGACUUCUCAUUUUCCUGGACGCAGGAUCGUCUCCUAUGAGGAUUGAUUAUACUGGAAUGCAUACUGCCAUACAUUACAGGAAGUAGCCAUCUCCGCCUCCAUCUGUUGGUCUUUCAACAGUGUCAUACUGAGUAAAGGUAUUAGGUCGCCGCUUGGGUUUGCAAACUAUUCCCCACUCCACAUAGAAAGGCAUUGUUUCGGUGCUAUCAGGGAUCCUGACCAAGUCAGCCACUGGAAUUGAUAGACCUGAAAUAUGGUCUAGUCAGCUCUAAGCAAACUUAAACCAAGUCAUGGC